AUGUCUCUCCCCGAACGGCCAGGGGCGAGCUCUCUUCCAGAGAAUAGAAACCCGCACAGAAACUCGACGUCGCGACGCACCCGUCCUGGCGAUGUUGACGCCGACGGUUACUAUUCCGUAGGAGGGCGACCUCAACACCGACGUGGGCACUCUGCCAACUCUUUCCCAGAGACGAUCCCCUCGCCUAAUAUCAACGCAGAGAACCAACCUCUAUCCCCGAACUACGCUUCGCCCGUUGCAGGACCCGCCGCCGUCGACGAACCCUUCCAGAGAAAGCGAAGCUUGAUCCGACCAGAGCGACACAGAAUCGACAAGGACCAUCCUAACUACUAUUACCGUCAACAUGCCGCCAACAUGAACGUUCUGCCCUCGGCUACCGGAAACGACCCGAUAGUCGAGGACAUGGAAGGCACCACAGACGUGUCUGGGCGCUCGCAGACGAACGACAACUACUCGGACGUCUCGCCGCCGCGGGCAAGUAACAGCAGGGAGAACAGCCGAGAAGAAAAGAAAGUCCCGACUCGAACCAAGUCGAAGCGUGUGAGCCGCCACAAGUCCGGCAAGCUCAGUAAGAAUGGUAAGCGGAAGCAGCAGGUCGAACAGAUUCGUCCGCCGAGCUUCUGGAACGUCUACUGUGCAAUCAUCACGUUCUGGAUGCCAAACUUCCUGCUGAAAUGCUGCGGCAUGGCGUCCAAGGCCCAACAACGAGCCUGGAGGGAGAAGAUGGGCCUGAUCAGCAUCAUCCUGCUCAUCAUGGGGUUUGUCGGUUUCAUCACGUUCGGCUUCACUCAAACGGUGUGCGGAGCUCCUCCGCUCCGUCUCCGGGUCAACGAUGUGUCUGAUGGAUACAUGAUUUUCCACGGAACCGCUUACGACCUGUCUGGCUCCCGCCACCCGCCAGCUGAUGGUGUUCCUAUGAUCAACAGGACUCAUGGCGCCAACGUCUUGUACGAUUUGCCCGAGAAGUACGGCGGAACGGACGGCAGCUUCCUGUUCCAAAACGUCAACGGCCGAUGCAAGAACCUCAUUACGCUCGCCGAAAAUUCGGAUGUUCCGACUGACAGUGAUGGUAAUCUGGCAUGGUACUUCCCUUGCAACGUCUUCAACCAAGACGGCUCCUCGAAGCCCAACCUAACGAUUCCCUACUACCUCGGAUGGGCCUGCCACACCACGCGCAAGAGUCGUGAUACCUUCUAUCUAGACUUGCACGGUGCUGCCGACGUCUACUUUUCUUGGAACGACAUUAAGAACAGCUCCCGCAACCUCAUUGUGUACUCGGGCACUGUUCUGGAUCUUGACUUGCUCAACUGGUUUAACGCUACCCAGGUAAAGGUGCCCGCUCGCUUCAAUGAGCUCAAGGACAGGAACUCGGCCGUCAACCGGGCUAUUCGUGGACGCGACGUCACCAGAGCCUUCCAGGGUUCGUCAGACAAGCAGAUCGCCGAGUGUUUCGAGGAGAUCAUCAAGGUCGGAUCCGUCGACACUGACACUGUCGGCUGCAUCGCUUCCCAGGUCGUCCUCUAUUGCUCCCUCGUCCUUAUUCUGGCCGUGGUGUUGACGAGGUUCUUCCUUGCCGUUUUCUUCCAGUGGUUCAUCAGCCGAACUUACGCUGCCUCCAAGACGUCUCAGACUGGAGACAAGCGUAAGCGCAAUCGUCAAAUCGAGGACUGGUCUGAGGACAUUUACCGAGCACCCCCAAGACUGCCUGGUGAUAUCGGAAGCAGCGUCAACGGAUCCUCCGACCGCACCAGCAAGCGUCAGAGCUCCUUCCUGCCUACGACUUCUCGUUUCUCUACUGUUUACGGAGCGAACGCGGCGCCGCUGGUCGGUGGGAAGCGGAUGCCUACCACCAUGGCCAGUUCGGGUGCCGGCAGCAACAUGCUGCAUUCCAACAACAUGUACCGACAGGGCAACGACAGCCGGUCCAACUUCAUUCAAUCAGAUCCCUACACAAGCAACGUCAGUCCGACCGAGGGACCGGGACCGGCUGGGUUCAUUCACGAGGCCGUCGUUCCUCAACCGCCGGCCGACUGGAUGCCGUUUGGAUUCCCGCUUGCCCAUACGAUGUGCCUCGUCACCGCUUACUCUGAAGGAGCGCUAGGUAUCCGUACUACGCUCGACUCCAUCGCCAUGACAGAUUACCCCAACAGCCACAAGGUCGUCGUCAUUAUCUGCGACGGCAUCAUCAAGGGCAAGGGAGAAGACAUGUCCACCCCGGAUUACUGCUUGGCGAUGAUGAAAGACCACACCAUCCCCCCCGAGGAGGUCGAGCCGUUCUCCUACGUAGCAGUCGCCAGCGGUUCCAAACGACACAACAUGGCCAAGGUCUACUCUGGUUUCUACGACUACGGCGCCAAGUCUGCCAUUCCGCUCGAGAAGCAGCAAAGGGUUCCUGUUCUACUCGUAGUCAAGUGCGGUACGCCGGAUGAGGCAACCAAGUCGAAGCCCGGCAACCGUGGUAAGCGUGACAGUCAGAUCAUCCUCAUGUCUUUCCUCCAGAAGGUCAUGUUCGAUGAGCGCAUGACGGAGCUCGAGUACGAGAUGUUCAACGGUCUCUGGAAGGUCACCGGUAUAUCUCCCGAUUUCUACGAAAUCGUGCUCAUGGUCGAUGCCGAUACCAAGGUCUUUCCUGACAGUCUGACGCACAUGGUUUCGGCCAUGGUCAAGGACCCCGAAAUCAUGGGUCUCUGCGGUGAGACCAAGAUCGCGAAUAAGCGCGACAGCUGGGUUACUGCCAUCCAAGUCUUUGAGUACUUCAUCUCCCACCACCUGGCCAAGUCCUUCGAGUCGGUCUUCGGUGGUGUCACCUGUUUGCCGGGUUGCUUCUGCAUGUACCGCAUCAAGGCGCCCAAGGGAGCUCAGGACUACUGGGUUCCUAUCUUGGCCAACCCGGAUAUCGUCGAGCACUACUCUGAGAACGUCGUGGACACCUUGCACAAGAAAAAUCUGCUGUUGCUUGGUGAGGACCGAUACCUGACAACCCUUAUGCUUCGUACUUUCCCCAAGCGUAAGCAGAUCUUUGUGCCACAAGCUGUCUGCAAAACCACGGUGCCCGACACCUUUGCCGUUUUGCUUUCGCAGCGUCGUCGCUGGAUAAACUCGACUAUCCACAAUCUGAUGGAACUGGUCCUCGUCCGAGAUCUCUGCGGUACUUUCUGCUUCAGCAUGCAGUUCGUGGUGUUCGUUGAGCUGAUGGGAACUCUUGUCCUGCCUGCCGCCAUUGCCUUCACCUUCUACGUCGUCAUCAUCUCCAUCGUCCACUCGCCUCCGCAGAUCAUUCCCCUGGUUCUUCUAGGUCUCAUUCUCGGACUCCCUGCCGUGCUCAUCGUCUUGACUGCCCACUCCUGGACUUACGUGUUGUGGAUGCUGAUCUAUCUGGCAUCACUGCCCAUUUGGAAUUUUGUCCUUCCCACGUACGCGUUCUGGAAAUUUGACGACUUUUCGUGGGGUGAUACCAGAAAGACAGCAGGCGAGAAGACGAAGAAGGCCGGUCUCGAGUACGAGGGCGAGUUUGACAGCAGUAAGAUCACCAUGAAGAGAUGGGCCGAGUUUGAGCGUGAACGCCGGACGCGAACCAACUACUGGGGCUCCAAGGAGAACAUUGUCGGCGGGGGCAACACCUGGUCGGUGCCCCCCAGUCAUCAGUACAACGACGAGUACUUCUCUGAUGCAUGA